AUGAAUAAAAUGAAUAAAAUAAUCUGUCUCAUGCUAUAUGUGUCCCUGAUAAAUUGGACACAAUCAAAGAAUAUCGUCUCCUCUUUCAUUAAAUAUAUUAAUUAUAAAAUUAAUACCCCGAAAGAAAUAUCAAAGGUUAUAAAGAUGGGAAAUACUUUGGUCUGUCUUAAUGGUAAUAACAAUUAUAUCUCAAACGAAUGCUCAUGUUUGUUUAAAACUCUAAAAGAUUUUGAAAAAAAUUGUUCAUCUAAUUUAAAAAAAAAUCAACAAGAAGCAAAACUAUGUGCAGAAGAACGUUGUGAAAUUUGUUGUAAUUUAAAAAAAAAUGAAUAUCAAAAAUAUUCAUCACAUUCUAUUUUACAAUAUGAACUAGAUUGUAAAAAGAAAUGUACAAAAUCAAAAUUAAUAUCUGAGGCAAAUGAACAAGAUUAUAAAAUAGCUUUUAAAAAAAUUAUAGAACUUAUAAGAAUUUUUUUCCCUGUUAAUGUAUUAAAUUAUUAUCCAAUAUCAAACAAAGGCAAGGCAACAUAUACAAAUCAGCUAUUAAACCAUACAGAUUAUGACAAGAUUAGGGAUGACCUAAAUUCAGAAACAAUAAAAGAGAACAUAGAAUAUGAGGAAAAUUUAGAAGAUAAGUUCUCACCAUAUAACGAAAAUUAA